AUGGAGCGAAGACCAAAUCCGCCAGGCUGGAAAAAGCCAAAGGCGCCUUACAACCCUUACGACCCUAUGGACCAGCGACCUGCCGAAGGAUAUCCGUCAGAAUACAAAACACCAGGACGCCCUCGAAAUUGGACAAUGGUCCCCAAAGAGCCUAGUAACUACCGACAAGUCAAGGAAACCAUGAAGCGGCUGAACUAUACCCCAAGACCUAUGAGUGAGCACUACCCAGGCCAGUACAAGGUUUUGCGAAGAAAGGGACAAAACAACUUUAAUCGCGGUGUGCGACUCAUGGGACGUAUUGCUACUUAUGGGCUAGUUGUUUAUGGAAUAUUUUUCUAUCGCUGGAACGAUGGUUAUGAUAACAUCUUCAGUCUACCCUACCGGUUCCAACUGCGGGCACGGGAGCAUUUUUUCAGCAAUCUGUCAGACGAACAGAAGGAAGAUCUGCAGGGCAAACAGCGCGGCAUGGUCAAGAAAGUUAAAGAAGGUAACGAAGGACUGUUUAAACCGGCAGUAUCUCCAGAUACCAAUAUCGCUCUCGAGCGGCCGUCGAGGAGUCACGUGAUAGAGGCCGAACGCCGCAUGCAGGAGCGAGAAGAGGCCAUUCUCAGAGCGGUCAACAUUGCCCAGGCCAAGCUAGAAUCCCAGAGUCAAUCCAAAAGCAAAUGGUGGCCCUUUUAA